GCUUUGUAGUCUGGUUUCACGUUUCCGCUGGAUAAAUAGACAGGGUGAUAUCCUAGGAUGGCGCAGGCCUUUUUAUCCAGACUUAUCACGGGAUUGCGUCACGUCGAGAAAUAUGAGGACCCUCAAUUGCAGAAAAAGGCUCGCGACUGCAUGCCGCUUUCUGAUAUGCUGCGUCGAGCUGACAAAAGAGCAUCAGAGAGUACAGCCAGCUCUGCAGACUGCUUCGUAAUCGAGCUUCUCGCAUGGUUCAAGAAGGAGUUCUUCCGCUGGUGCAACCAACCCAACUGCUCCACUUGUGGAGGGAAGACGGAGGCGUCCGGUCACGGCGUCCCCACGCCCGAGGAAAGAAGACACGAGGCCGGACGGGUGGAAUUGUACCGCUGUUGUGCCUGCGGAGCGGAGACCCGCUUUCCUCGGUAUAACGACCCCGGGAAGCUUCUAGAGACGCGAGUGGGACGGUGCGGCGAGUGGGCCAAUUGUUUUACUCUUUGCUGUAGAGCUGCGGGGUUAGAAGCGCGACACGUGGUGGAUUGGACGGACCACGUGUGGACAGAGGUGUUCUCUCAGUCGCAGCAGCGAUGGCUGCAUUGUGACCCAUGUGAGAAUGUGUGUGACAAGCCAUUGUUGUAUGAGGCGGGAUGGAAGAAGAAGUUGAGCUAUGUGAUGGCUUACUCAAAGGACGAGGUUGUGGAUGUGACAUGGAGAUACUCGGCUAAGCACCAGGAUAUUCAAACUAGGCGAACAGAGUGUCCAGAAGACUGGUUGGCUCAUACACUUUACUCACUCAAUUUACAGAUUCAGAAACGUUAUUCUUCCUCUCGAGUUGCUGAGCUGCAAUUACGCUAUGUGAGAGAAGUCGCAGGAUUUUUUACUGUUCAGAAUCCAGAUGGUCAAGAAUAUCAAGGCAGAACAUCAGGAGCUGUGGAAUGGAGAAAGGCAAGAGGAGAGUUAGGAGAAUCAACAAAACGAAAUACUCAAAAGGUGGGUUAUGUUUUCAAGCCGUCUGUCGAGGAAGUGUCCUUAGGGAUGCUCUGUAUAUGCUAUGAUGCCGUUCGUGACGCUUAUUACAGGAGUAUGGUUAGCGAUUUACACACAGAUUCUACCCCUACACUUGAAGGAUGGAAGAAUGGUGUUUUCACAUCUUCACGUGUAUUUCGGAAGGAGGAACUCGAUUGGAACAAGGUGUACUUGAGUAGAGAAGAAGGGAGCUUGCAAGGCUGUGUUAGUUGGAAGAUCGACUUGAGUGGGACUGGUGUGGUCGCAGAGUGUGUUCUCAUCAAGGCCGAGCAUAAGUGUUUUAGUAGUGGUAAAGUCGAGUGGACAGUCGCUACAGACGAUGCAAAGUCGUUGUCUGUUCCACUUGGAGGACCUAAUGCUAUUGACAUCAGUGAAUUAAAUGGAGCGGAGUCGUGCCUAAUCACCGCAUCGCUGUCUGGAGGAGAAGGAGACACCGCUUGGCAGCAUGCCCAGCUGUUUCGAUCGAGCAGCAAUGAACCACUCGUGUGUUCAUUAGAAAUUAUUGUUUCUUUGAAACAAAAAGAGUGAACUUUGACAGCAAUAACUAGUAUUGGUUGCUAUAACGACGAACUCUAGUUAACAGAACAAACUUUGUUCGUUAAUUUAAUUUAUUAAGUGGAGUCAGACACAAAACGUUUUUGACUUAUAAAUUUACAUUUAAUAUAAUUGUUGUAACCAAU